CAUUCGUUUUUUUUUAGAUGCAGGAAUUGUAGAUGAUCGUGAUUUUUCGAGAUUAUUUACGAAACCUUAAGUGAACUUUUUUCUUUAAAAACUCAAAUACUUUUAAGGGCAAAGUUAUGGAAGCUCAUUCAAACCGAGUUAAAACAGGUUAUGCAUGAGUUAAAUAUAUCAGACGCUGAUUUUCAUGAGAAUAUAACAUCGGAUACUUCAUUAGUUGAUGUUGUAUUGUCUAAAGAAGACAUAUAUCAGAACAAUAAUCAGACUUGUUCUCAAAGUGUUGAUGCAGAAAUGAGAAGUAAUGGCGUAACAUCAAAAAGACUAAUUAAAGAUGUUGAUGAUGACAAUAACAAUGAUAUUGACAUGAAUAAUAAUGCUAUACUUGACAAGAAUAAGUAUUUAAGUGUCCAGAGCAGUCAAAAUACAUUGGAUCAUCAUAUCCAAUAUAUCAUGAUCUGGAAUUUGCAAAUGCUGCUGUAAAAAACUUUAUAAGUAGUGAGCUAUAUAACCGGAUGGUCAGAGGAACAAUCAAAAUAAUGAAUGCACAUGCCUCAUUGAUGAAUCAGUAUCCAACAAGACAAGACCUUUUAGAAAUGUCAAAGUCUUUAGUUAUUAAAUACCCUUGCCUGAAUGACAAGACAUCAAAACAUAUUACAUUGUUCAACAAGUUAAGGAAAAGUUUUUAUAAUGAAAAACCAAUACAAAAUAAACGGAUUAAAAGUUUGAUAAAAACGACACUGAAAAAUGGAGGAGAAACUAAUGUUGGUUUUUCAUCAAGUCAGAGUGUGAGUGAAUUAGGUUCAUCACCACCUGUCAAAA